AUGCCUGAGGAAAGCCUGGUUUCAGCACCAUCCAAAAGUGUGUAUGCGCCAUACGUCAAUUGGAUACGUCAAUUGGCGUAUGGCUACAAUCCCGACUCGCUUGAUGAGUAUCUACAGAUGGGUGAAGAAACAGCAAGGUGUUAUCUAGACUAUUAUUGUAAGUGUGUGUUUGAACUUUACAGGGAUGAAUACUUGCGUAGACCAACACCGGAGGACAUACAACGCUUGUACGCUCGACAUGAAGAGCUUCAUGGCUUCCCAGGCAUGCUUGGAAGCAUUGAUUGCAUGCACUGGCCUUGGAAGAACUGCCCCAAGGCAUGGCAAGGUCAGUUUACGCGUGGUGAUCACGGUCAUCCAACCAUCAUGCUUGAAGCAGUAGCUUCAUACGAUAGGUGGAUCUGGCAUGCUUUUUUCAGCACAGCUGGUUCGAACAACGAUAUAAUUGUUCUGAACCAGUCGCCUUUAUUUAGGGAAAUCAUUGAAGAUCGUGCACCUGAUAGCUCGUUCACUGUUAAUGGCACCCACUACAAAAAGGGUUACUAUCUUUUAGACGACAUUUAUCCCGAAUGGUCGACUUUUGUAAAGGCGUAUUCAUGCCCUCAAGAUGAGAAGCGAAAGAAAUUUAAAAAGUUUCAAGAAAGUGCCCGGAAGGAUGUCGAGCGUGCUUUUGGAGGACUUCAAAACUCAUGGCACAUUCUAACCUAA